AUGUCCUUACCCAACAUUGCUUGUUGGAACAUCAGGGGCUUCAACAGCCCGGAAAAAGUAUUUUGCUGUAAGAAUUUUAUUUCUGCCCAUAAGCUGGAUAUGCUCUGUGUUUUGGAAACUAGGAUUAAUCCUACUUCUCUUCUCAACCCCUUCUUUCAUGAUUCUCAUGUCCUCUUCCCUCUGGAACAAGAUUGUCACAACUUCAAUCUGGCCACUCCUGGUCGGAUAUGGAUAAAGUGGAAUUCUACUAAAGCUUGCUUCAAACCUGAGAUUAUCACUUCUCAAAUCAUCACUGGAACUAUGUCUGGUUCUUACUUCUCUCCAUUUACUUUAUCUGUCAUUUAUGCAGAGAAUGACAGAAUUGGCCGUGCUGCUCUCUGGGAUCAGAUUAGAAGCUGUGCUUCUAGGAUAUCUAAUCCUUGGAUCCUAAUGGGAGACUUGAAUUGUUGUCGUUUUGCCUCCGAUAAAUUGGGUGGUCAAGUGCUGUCUCACUGUAAUUUAGGUGAGCUGAAUUCUGCUCUUUUCGAUGCAAACCUGGAGGACCUUCAUUCUGUUGGAAAUCCUUUCACUUGGUUUAAUCAGCAAACUACCAACCCCAUACACAUCAAAUUAGACCGUUGCAUGAUCAAUUCUUUUUGGUCUUCGGUUUAUCCUGAGACCUUUUAUUCUGUGCAAGCUCCUUCAUCUUCUGACCAUUGUCCCCUUAUCCUUCACUCCCGAGCAUCUACACCUUCCCCCCACAGAUUCCUCUUUAAGAAUUACUUGACCUCUCUUGAUGCCUACUGGAAUAUUUUGCUUGAUGUCUUCUCUCUUGAUCAAGCUGGUAGCCCCUUGGCUGAUCUGUGCUACAAGUUGCGUGUGUUGAAAGGCAGGAUUAAAUCUGAAUCUUGGUCUAAUGCUAAAGCCAUCCAAGAAUAUUUGGACUCCCUUCAUCGGCAUCAAUCCCACUGCUUGCAGCAGAUUGCCCAUAAUCCAUCCAAUGUGGUCCUUAACCACAGAUUGAAAGAAAUUAGCUCUCGUAUUACUAAUUUCACGUCCCUCAAUGCGUCCUGGAUUAUUCAGAGAGCUAAAUCAUCUUGGCUCAGCCACGGGGAAGAUGAUUUAAAGUUCUUAUACGACAAAAUUAGGAGGCGUAAAGCUUCUAGCAACGCUGCAAUCAAUCUCAGCUCUUCUUCUUAUGGAGUGAGGGAAGACUCUAUCACUGCUAUUCUUAAUCAUUACCAGGAUCUCUUCAAUCCCCCUUUGAUUGAGAAUUUAAACAUUAACCUCUUUCCUUCUGGCUAUGUCUUACAGCCUCACAUUGCAGAUGAACUUAUCAUUCCAAUUUCUGAUGAUGAAAUUAGGAAGGUUGUGUUUGAUGGCGCAAGGCUAAUUCUUCCCCGGGUCCUGAUGGCUAUAAUUUUCACUUCUUCAAAAGAUGCUGGCACAUCAUUGGCCCCAAGAUUACACCAAAAAGGUUUUCAUGAGCAAUUUAUUCUUUGGAUUAAGCAAUGUAUUACAAAUGUCAAUUUCUCUAUAGUCAUCAAAGGUGCCCUUGAAGGUUACAUCCCAUCCACGGCCGGGCUCAGGCAGGGCUGCCCUCUGAGUCCUUUCCUCUUCUGUAUUGCUAUGGACGCUCUUUCGUCUAUCUUGGAUGAUAAUAUAUUUAAAGGUGUGCAUUAUAAGGAAUUUAACAUUAGCCAUCUUCUCUACGCUGAUGACUUGCUGAUUCUAGGAGAAGCUACUCCCAACAAUUGUGCCAAUUUAAUGAGGAUAUUAAACACCUUUUCUGAAGCCUCGGGUCUUCACAUAAACAUGGAUAAAAGCUCUUUGUUGCUUCCCAAGCACAUCCCCAACGGUCCCAACAUCUGCAACUCACUCAAUCUUACUCAAAAGGAAUCCAUCUCUUACCUGGGUAUCCCCAUUUCUUUCAAAAAACUGAAGCUUUUUGAUAUUGCUCCUCUUACUGAUAAAAUCAUGGGGAAAUUUUCUGGCUGGAAUGCUAAAUUGCUAUCCAUGGCGGGGAGAUUGCAAUACCUUAAGUUUACUAUGCUGAAUUCUAUUGCAUAUUGGAUCAGGGGAGCUAUUAUACCCAAAGCGGUUUUUAAAAUUUUCAGGAAACUGGCCUCUAAAUUCCUGCUUUUUGGUGAUGCUUCGGUGGGGAAAAAGCUGCAUAUGAUUAGCUGGGAUAAUAUCUGCAAACCAAAAUACACAUGCGCCAUAGUGCCCAGCAUGGUGGCGUUUGUACAAAAACAGACACAUGCGCCAUAG